AGAGUGCCCAGGGCAUGGUCACAUCUUCCGCUCGCGUCUCUCCCGGCUUGGGAUUAUCAGGCAACCUGUAUAUUUUAGAAACCUUGAACCUUGACAACGUACUAGAGCUCGUCCAUUAGAUCCGAAAUCACUCGGGCGAAUUCGUACGAAUCAUUGCGAGUUCGCAGUGUUUCUGACCGAAUAACGAGUAUUGGUUGUGGCACACCGAGUAGAAAUGGAUGCUGAAAAACUAAUAAAUCUUGUAAAUGAAAGAAAGCCUUUGUGGGAUAUGACUGAAAAAUCAUAUAAUAUGAGAGACAUACAACGCAAAUUGUGGCAAGAAGUGGCAGUUGAAAUAAAUGCUGAUGUUCAUGUAGUGAAAAAUAAAUGGAGAGGAUUGCGAGACACUUUCCGAAAAGAAUUGAACAAGUCGAAAAAAUCCAAAUCUGGAGAUGGGGCGGAAUCGCUAGUUAUCUCCAAAUGGCCAUAUUACAAGAUGUUGUUAUUUUUAUCUGAAUCUGUUGCACGAAGGAAGCUGCAUGGAAAUGUAUCCCCACAAAAGAAAAAGACUGAGACCUCCGAUUCUGAGACAGAACCCAUAUUGGAAGCUGCAGGCAAUAUAAUAAACUAUCAUCCAACCAUUGAGGAACAAUCGCAGCAUAUGUCAACUAAAGAUAUACAGCAGCCCUCCACAUCCGAUACGAAAGCUACAAACAUACCGAAUACGCGGUUAAAUUCAACUCUGCUGCGUAAGAAAAACAACAAUUGCCCAAAAUAUCGUAGGAGUUCCGACAGAAAAUCAAUGGACGACAAGUUUCUCGAAACAGAAAGCCCAAAACUGGAAAUAUUGUCUCAAAGCGAAAAAGACGACACUUGCAGUGAGUACCAAUUUCUAAUGAGCCUCUUGCCUUUUUUAAAGGCUGUACCCCAUAAACGACAACUGUUUGUGAGAAAUGAGCUCCAUCAAGUAUUUAUUGAAGAAGAACAAUUAUCGUCGAUACAUCUGCCUGGAGUAUCACAUAGGUGCACCGAACACAUUUUACAAUAUGCAGAUCAAACAAGAGAAUAUGAUUCAUCUCAACCGUCCCCGUCAACACAAAGCAAUGUUUCGGACUUUAGCGAUUAAAUUACUUCAUAUUUUUCCUUUUCAAUAAAACUUUAUGUUGUAA